UAGCGGUCCAACAAAUUGGAUACGAACCAUGGCAUCACUCCAUCAGAUGCACCGCACAGGUCCUCACUAUAAGAAGCGACCUCCACGUAAACCUCUCGAUGGUAAUCCAUUUGCUAAAGGUGUUGUGUUGAAGACUCUGAUAAAGAAGCCAAAAAAACCCAAUUCUGCAAACAGGAAGUGUGUGUUGGUACGACUGAGUAGCGGCAAGGAGAUGGUGGCUUAUGUACCAGGAAUUGGGCAUAAUCUGCAGGAACACAACAUAGUUCUUUGCCGUGUUGGACGAUGUCAAGAUGUGCCUGGAGUUAAGAUCAGAUGUGUUCGUGGUAAAUAUGACCUGCCACAUGUUAUUAAAAAGUAGCUUUUGUUGG